AUGAUGAAGCUGCUGGAAGCUGUUAGGCAGUUUUUCAUGGUGGUUGAGACACUGAAGUUUAGUGUUGUGAGCAGCCUGCACAUUGUGGACUGGCUGCGGCAGCCUAUGGCGGAGCUCAAACUGCGCACAAGCGAGCGUGCAUCCAACAGCAAAACCAAGGCGACGUAUCCAAGGACCUUCAGCGACAUCAAGCCCUGGCAGGAUUUUGAGCCUGGCGUCAACCGCAUGCUGGCGGAGCUGCAGCCGACAACGCACAUGUGCCAGCGGGUGGUGCAUGAGGCGGGUGAAGCCCCGGGCACCCCUGGUGUAUGGGCCGCAGCAGCGGACGAGAGCGAGAUCCGCGGUGCCCUGUUGUUUCACCUCUACCAAGUGACGAGCGUGGCCAAGCGCCUGCUGGGGCUGGACAUGGAGUACGUGGGCAGUGGCAGCGGGCGCAGCAUGGCGUUUCAGGACCUGCUGAUGCGCAAGUCUGGCAGCGGCAGCGACCGCGCCAACCUCAGCAGACUGAUAAUGGCUUCGAUCGAGGUCAAGGGCGCCUGGCAGACCCCGCUGCCCGCUGGCAUGAGCCUCGAUGACGCCCUUCACGACAGCAACCUGGGCAAGAGCAUCAUGCCAGCGUUGCAACAGGCGUAUGGUGAUGCUGUCAUGGACGAGACGCCGUUCUUCAUGCUGUCCACAUACGGUGUCACGUUCUUUCUGAUGCGGGUCGUAAACGACGUGACCAACAAAGUGCUCUUCGCCUCGCCGCCCGUGUGGUGGAAUGGCGCCAGCGGCAUCCCGCCUUAUGCGGCCUGGCUGUACUGCCUGCAAUUGGCAAGCCAGCUGACGCUGGAUGGGCGCAUCAACGAGCAGCCAGCUGCUGUGAAGGUGUUUGAUUUCUACGACGACUUUGCAUGUGCGGACUUCGUGCGAGAGGUCGACGCCUACAUGCAGCUGCAGCCCCUGCAGGGCAGCUGCAUCCCGGAGAUGCUGACAGUAGGGCGCCUGCCGCACAGCGGCCACCCCGUGCUGGCAGUUCGGCUGGGCGAGCCUGUGCAUCAGCCCGUCACACCAGCAGUAGCAGCAGGCAUCAGGCACGCACUGAAGCAGCUGCACGCAGCAGGCGCGGCCCACGGCGACGUGCGGCUGCAAAACAUGCUGAUGCAGCCAGGAGAGCAUGCCCAUGUGCUGCUCUGCGACCUGGAGCGCUGCAUUCUGCGCGCCAACGAUGAAGCGUUGGCCGCAGAUGAGCAGGAGCUUGAGUCGCUGCUGCAGCCGUAG